ACUCGCUCGACUUAAUGAGGGCUCUACGGCAGGCACCAACACCAACUACCGGCGAUACAGUUGACUGUUGACAGAACAGCAAAAAUAAUGUGAAAAUAGUUGAGACCACUGACAGAUUAGAUUUAAACGUUGAAGUGAACAAAUCAAGAAAAAUUUUAUAAUAAUUUAAAUAGUUUAAUAAAAUUAAAAACGUAAGAAUUACUACGAGUUUUUUCGGGAAGCAAAAAAAAAAUAUAAAAAUAAAAAAAAUGAAUGAAAUUUUGUAUAAAUAAAUUAUUAAUACUAGCGCUUAAAUCUUUAUCUAAUUAUAUGUUAAAGUAGUUAUAUUAACAAAUAAUUGAGUGUAUUUAUUGAAUAAUAUUUAUUUAACAAAAUACUGAAAUAAAAUACAACAAAAUAUGCCAAAAGUGUAAACAAUUCCAACACGUGAAUGAGCAAAAACGAAGAAAUCUCUUAAAAUUUCAUCAGCAAAUCAACUAAAAUUAAUUUGAAUAGAAAAUCCCACCUACAACCAUAGUUUUAACAAAAUGAAAGACAGCAAGCUGAGCAGUAAAAAUGGUUCCAUUGAGAUGGUCGAUUCCAGUACAAAUGAUGAUCCCUUCCAGCACAUCAUUGAAAAGGCUGGCAAUCAUGGACGAUUUCAAUUGAUCUACAAUGUUAUAUUUGUUAUGGGUCUAGCAAUGGCGGGUGCCAUGUGUUACAUGAAUAUAAUUUUAGCAUUAAAUAUACCGGAUCAUUGGUGCUCAGUGCCGGGGAGAGAGAAGACGAAUUUUACACUGAAUGAAUGGCGAAAAUUGACAUUGCCCACAACCAAGGACAAUCGAGGUACAGAAAAAUAUAGCAGCUGUCAAAUGUAUGAUGCGAAUUUUACAGAAAUUGAUGAUUGGGAGAAUUGGAAUUCAACAUCAGCAAAUGUAACAGCUUGCAAAAAUGGCUGGAGUUAUGACCAAACUUGGUAUGAAAAUACAAUACCAACAAGAGAGAAUUGGGUCUGCUCGAAGGAUUUGUAUGUGACAAAUGUUUUCGUUGUUGGACGCGUGACAGAAGUUGCGGGUUCAUUUCUGCUUGGACAAAUGGGUGACAUUUUAGGCCGUCGUUUUGUUUAUUAUAUCAGCGUGGUGUUUUGCUCCAUUGGCAGGCUAUCAUCAAUUGUGACGACAUCCCAUUAUACUUGGUUCCUUAUAUUUUCCGGCUUGACAGCAUUGACCAUCAAUAGUUUAUUUCAAUCACCUCAAAUUAUUGGCAUGGAAAUAUCAAGGGAGGAAGAUCGCAGUACUAUAGCAAUUUAUCAAAGUUUUGGUUGGUCAUUUGGCACCACAUUGAUGCCUCUACUGUUUUGGUGGCUACGCGAUUGGGAAUCAUUUAUGUGGAUAACGACGAUACCAACCGCUUUAGUACUGAUAUUCUCCACAUACGUCAUUGAAUCACCACGUUGGUUGAUUAGCAAGAAGCGCUUUGGUGAUGCGAUUAGACAAUUUAAGAAAAUUGCCAAAAUCAAUGGUCGCCAGUUUGAAAUGACGGAAAAAGAGUUGGCUGAAAUUUACUCUUCAACAAAACAAGAAGUUACCUAUGGCAUUGCAUCAUUGUUUAGUGGUUGGCGUUUGGCUAGAAAUACUUCGAUAAUGGGAUUCAGUUGGUGUGUUGUAGCGGUUUCUUACUUUACCUUAGUUUUGUUCAGUUCUCGGAUGAGCGGAAAUCCCUUUUUGAAUUUCCUGUUGCAGAGUAUCGUGGAAAUUCCAGCUUAUUUGUUGGGAAAAUACUUGGGUGAUAAAUUUGGACGCCGUUUUACUAAUAGUCUCUCAUUCUUUAUAUCAUUUCUUACCUGUUUACCGGUAAUAUUUUUGGCAACGGAGGAAAAGUACGAGUUUGUUGUAAUGGGUUUGGCGGCAUUUAUUAAGUUCUUAAAUGCGGUUACAUUCUUUACGGCCAGCUUACAGGGCAUGGAAAUUUAUCCCACGUGUAUGCGCCAGACUGGCAUUGCUCUUGGCACCAUUUUGGCGAAUGCUAUCGGUGUUUUGGCACCGUAUCUUGUCUAUUUAGGCACCACCGUCGACAUCCGCAGUCCCUAUUAUAUUUUGGGUACAUUGUUUUUCUUUGGCGCCGUCGGUGCGCUCUUCUUGCCCGAAACACUGCACAAAAAACUGCCCGACACUAUGGAGGAGGCUCGUCAGUUUGGCAUAAACGAUAAAUUCUUCAGUCUACCCAAGGCGCCAGCAGCCAAUGCCAAUUCAACAGCCACAAGACAGGCGGCUGAUGCUGCAGCCAUGGAAAAGCUAAAUCAGGCUCAAUAUGCGCCCUAAACUUUAUAUAUAAAAUUUUAUGUUGUUAUUUUUUGUUGUAGCUUUAGUUAUUGUUGUUGUUGUUCUAAACAACAACAUCAUCAUGAUUUUAUUUUCGCAAGCAUGAUUUAGCAUUUCAGUAUUCAGUUUUUCCUCUAUUCGUUUCGUUUCGUUUUGCCGUUGACGUCGUUCCUACUAAUUAAUGUGUAAGAUGUUUUUUUUUCGCUUGGCUGGAUGAUUGUUUGUCAUCCUUUUGUUGCAUAUAAUAGAGCAGGAGUAGAAGGAGGAGUCGGAGGAGUUGGAGGAGGAGGAGGGAAAGAGUCCUUGUUGUUGUUAUUCCAUACAAUGUGUGAUGUACUUUAAGUCAUUUUCUUAAGUUUUUAUUACCUAAAUGCAUAAUAAUGUUAAAUUAGUUUUAUAUACAAACAAACCAUACAAACAUAAUAAAAAACAAAACCGAAACAAAAAAUGGGAUAAACUA